AGAGAAUCGAAAAAGACAAGCCAAAGAGACCUGAAACGUGGAGAAGAGAGGACAGACAAAUCGCCUUCACCACAAAUACAUUUAAAAGACAUGGUGGAAUUACUUUUGAGAAGUGGAGCAAGAGUGAACGACACAGAUUCUCGAGGACAGACACCAUUGAUGGUGGCAGCUAAGCAAUCUGAUGCCGAGGGUGUGUUGAAGAUCUUGGUCGAAUCUGGAGCCGAAGUGAACAAAGUGGAUUCUAAGGGUGUCGGUGCUCUGCACGAAGCCGUGGUAGGUGGGUGUCUGAAGAAUGUGGAAAUUUUAAUUAAAUUAGGAGCAGACGUGAACCAGAAGUGCAAUGACGGUCGCACUGCUCUGCACGCAGCUAUACAUAACGAGGCCAUCUUGGGAUCUUUGAUACAGAAUGGCGCAGACCUUGAUGCGCAGGACGCGGGUGGAAACACGGCGUUGCUAACAGCCAUUAAAAGCAAUCGCGAUGAAAACAGUGCAAGAAUUUUGAAAAUGUUACUUGAAGCAGGAUCUAACGUGAAUCAUCGAAACGCAAAUGGUGAAACGGCUUUAAUGAAAGCUGCUUGUUGUCUAAAUGACGAAGCAAUCAAAGCACUGUGUGAAGCUAAUGCCGAUGUGAAUAUGCGCAGUCUUGACAACAUGAACGACGCCAUCUCUACUCUUGUUAACAGACUGUGUAAAUCACAAUUUACCCUUGGUGAAGUGCGUGACUCAAUUUUUUAUCUGCUUGACAGAGGAGGAAGCUCUUCAUGUGUGAGUCUUCAAAAUCUUUACUACUUGAUUUCAAACGGUUUUUUGAUCAUUGUCCAGAGGCUUGUCGAAGCUGGCCUUGGACCAAGCGAUAUUGACGCUCAGCAAUUACCGUUUAGGCACAGAAAGCUUCUAAGUGCCAAAAAUGUCUCCCCGUUUUGUUUCGCUCUUCUGUGCAAUGAAGUGAAACUAGCCCGUUACUUUUCAGACAUUUGGUAUUUGACCAACUCGGAUGUGACAUCACUGGCCCAAGACGAGAUCAUUCGUCUGCGUCUUGAGUGCCAACAUCUCAAUGAGAGUCUUAAAUUUCUGGAGGAAUUCUCGUCACAACCGAUGUCCCUACAAACAUUGUGUUUUGUCGCCGUGUCUACUUCAAUAGGAACAGGACCAGACCGAGAGCAAAAAAUCCGAGAUCUUCCUCUGCCAAACAAGUUCAAGGAUAAACUGCGGUUCAAAGGCGGUUCUGCGUCGGAACCGCGUUUUGACGACGACCAACGGGGUGUAAAGUUAUUGCCCGACAGAGCCAACUUCGUCCUGGGCUUAUGGGAUCUAUUUUGUGACAGCGAUGAAAGUGAUUUUGCACUUGACUCUGAUUAUGAAAAUGAUUACGAUUAUGAAAAUUAUUUUGAUUAUUAUGGUGAUUCUGAUUAAGAUCAUUAUUUGAUUGUGACAAAAAUUAAAGAUGUUUAAAAAAAGUUUUAUCACCUUUACAUGUUGCUAAUGUUGUGACUCUUACAAAAAACGGCAUAUCAAAUAAAGAGGACAGAAACAUAUUAACUUUCGUACUGUGCAUUUUUUUGGGCAUUAUAUUAAUUUUGUUGUUUUUUCACAAUUCGAUAAAAAGAAUAACUUGAGCUAUGACAAUGUGAUAAUGAGGAAAAGCUUCAAAUAUGGUUUAAACGUUUUUAAACUCAGGAAAAAAGAAACCGUCUCAAUGACUCAUUAAAUAAUUCAACAGAAAUGUGUUGAUCUAAAACCAGCCAUACAAGCGGUUCUCUAAAACCAGGUUCAACCGCAACACCAAACACCUAACAUAAAUGACAGAGAUCUCGAAUCGACAGCCGAUGAUUCUUCUCGAAGUCAUCUAGUGGAGCUCGAUAUUAAUCGCGCAACCAAUGCACAUACCACUUUGAGCCACUAAUUUCAGAUUGUAUUGAAAUAUACGCCUUCAUUUUAAUUUGUAUUUUCUGAAAUGUGUUUGUAAAUUUUAUUAUUGUUAUUUGUGCUUUCACAAGCCAUAUUUAAUGAUCAUUACCGUAUUUAAUUAUCUUGUUUUAUGACUUUGCUAUAUUUAUUUAAGACAUGUUUUAAGACUGUUGAUGUUUUUUAAUUCACAUGUGUUAUGCACAUCAUUAUUAUUAUUUUAAAGUGUGCAUCUUGUUGGAAUAUCAUAGUUAAACGUAAUUAAAAAAAACAACAACAUUACUGUCUAUUAUUUAAUGUAAUUAUUUAAAAUUUUCUUAAAACAAAUUUUUGUUUAAAGCAAACAUUAAUGUCCAUAUUUUUAAAAGUCGGGGGUUCCCAGUAGUCCUUUUUUCCAUUUUAUGUCACCUUUCUCCAAAGACAUUCACGAAUAAAAGUAACCCACACAUAUUUUUCUGCAACUUGUUUCUCGUCACCCCACUUUUAUUUACCAUAACGAGAGCCAUGUUUGUUUUAUUUCAAUAGUCUUUGAGACCUUGACUCGCAGAGUAGAAACUUGGCACAAUGUUAUUCAGUCUAAUAAGAUCAUAUAAUCAUAUUCUGAGUGUGUACUAUGCAAUCAAUUAAUCAACCUCUUCUUCUUCUAUAUCUUAAGGGCCUACGAUCAAUUUAUUGAUCAUUUUGGCUCCUCAGCGCUAUGUCAAUUCAACUCAGUGUAAACACACACAAAAUUACCCAUCUCUUUCUCUGUCUCCCUCCAGUACCAGUACUUGCUGCUUAAACAACUAUUUGCCUUAAUAUAAAUCAGCCUCAUCGUCUUUUCUAAGUCUAAGUAAAACAAAAAAGUUGAUGGCGGAACUAGAAUUUUACUAAAAAAACUUACGUCAACAAAAAAAAAAAUUAAAAAAAAAAAUCCAAAGCAAUGCUACCCAUCAGUACAUUAGAAGGUGGCGGUCGCCACUUUGACAACGAAAUCACGAUACUCGGUUUUCGGCACUUCCCGAAUCUUACCGAAGACUUUUUGCUGCUUAAACAACUAUUUGCCUUAAUAUAAAUCAGCCUAAUCGUCUUUUUUAAGUCUAAGUAAAAAAAAAAAGUUGAUGGCGGAACUAGAAUUUUACUAAAAAAACUUACGUCAACAAAAAAAAAAAUUAAAAAAAAAAAAAAAUCCAAAGCAAUGCUACCCAUCAGUACAUUAGAAGGUGGCGGUCGCCACUUUGACAACGAAAUCACGAUACUCGGUUUUCGGCACUUCCCGAAUCUUACCGAAGACUUAAUUUCAUGCUGGUACUAGUAAAGUAAUGCUUAUGUUAGUUGGAGCGUUAGACAAUUUAAAGUAUUAUUCAUGAAGUCUAGUAAAGUAGAGGAAUAAUAGAGCUGUGGUCUGUGGUAUACAUAUUAAUAUAUGCUUAUACAAUAAUUAUACAUUUAUAAUUGGCAACAGUUGUAACUAAACUAAAGAAUGCGAUAAUUUACUUUUUGAACAGAAACUGUUUGAAACCAGAAAUAGAACUAAUCAAACCAAUUCAGAAGAAGUGGGCGUCUCCAACGGGAAAGCCACUCUGUUUUACAAGAAUUUGAACCUACGCCACAUACCACAGUCCGACUAUAGAGUGCUAAAAAGUAAGCAGAUUUUAUGACAUUAAAUUAUGAUAUACACAUUAUUUAUUGUUUAAUUGUUAUAAAUUAUUACUUACUAGUAUAAGUAAUGCUAUAUCAUAUUCUCUUUUAAACACCACCUUUAUAGGCCUAUAAUUAUUUAUUUGGCUAUGGAACAAUGGCGAUAAUACAAAAGAUGGGACAGAAUUAAAACGUAGUUGCUCAUUUAAUUUAUCCCAGUAGUCGGUAGGCUAGUUAUCUUUAUCAUUUUUGACAGCGCCGGAUAGCUUUUUCAUUACAUAUAAUAUAUAUACAUACAAACACACAACAGUUGGUUAUUUCUUCUUUGGGUUCGUCCAUUAAUUACGUCAACAAUUUUUACGCAAUUUUUGACCCUCUCCCCCACCCUAUGCAAGCUUUUGAUGACCCCCCCCCCCUAUUUAAAUUGUCAACAUUUUAUAAAAAAAUGAGUUAUAAUAUAUGAAAAUCUAGAAAUAUAUUUUACUUAGUGCUGAUCUAUUUUAAAUGACACGUAAAUCGUAGCGCAACAUUUUAUGACAUGUUUAGCUUGUUAAUCAACAAAUUAAAAAGUUUUUACACUUACAUUUUAAAAUGCAGAAUCAAGUUAAAGGUUGUUAAGGACUAAAUAACAUUGUUUUGGAAGUAUACAUAAGUUUAUUGUCCGUAUAGCUGACAAGUAUGCUAUGGUUUCUAGCUGCUGUUUUCUUCCCAUGGAGUACCCUGGUGUUACUGUAUCGUAACAUUGGGCAUCAGGGACAUCAUUUGGGUAGGGCAGGGGGCAUUUGCAUCCCCCUCCACUGAUUUUGCUGGUUUUAUUUAUUUACUGUGGUGCCUCUAGUUAUCAACAACUUAAUAAGCCUUACAAGUUCUGUAAAAAAUGAGUAAAACAGAGUAGGUUUAACCCUACUCUGUUUUACUCAUUUUUCAUUGUGCUAACCUGAUUGCAGUCUCUACCCUUACAAGUUUUGGUUUGCCCCUCCCCCUGAAAAAAAAAACCUGAAAGGAUGCCCCUGAUGGGCAUAGUCUUUAGUAACUAGUUAUCAUUUCCAUCUUGCGAAACUGAUAUACCAGACAAGUCAACAUCAUCCAUAUCUAGCCAUUCAGCACUUAAAAUAAAAAUAUUUUCGGCAGAAGCUCUCUCUGUCUUUGAGUUGGUAUAGUUGUUAUUGAACACCGAUAAGUUGGGUUAUUUUUGUAAUUGAAAACCGUAUACAAUUAUGUGUUAUUAUUCUAUGGAGCGGAUUAACAGAAACAUGACAGGUGAAGAGAUGCCAACUUUUGCAACCAAGUGUGCUAAAAUUCUGACCAACCAUCUGCAGUGCACAGACAGAAAAUAUUAAAUAACUCUUUUAUUGUUAAAAAUCUAAACAUGUAUGAUUCAUUAAAUUGUUUAAAAUAAUUUAAGAACCAGUCAAUUUUUAAGAUUAAAAUUUUAAUAGAAAAAUCAAAAACAUGAUUGUUGACGUCAACUAAUCUACCCCCCCCCUCCUCCCCCUUGUCAACUGUCAAACAUUUCCAACCCCCCCCCCUUUUUCUAUUUUGUUGACGUAAUUAAUGGAUGAUCCUUUGUAAGAUCACCGAAUUUUUUUUCUUAAAUGGGAAGGUUUCAUCGGGUACCAACAAAUAAUUUUAUGUUAGAUAGAUUAUUUAUUAAUUAUGAGAUUUAACAAAUUAUAUUCAAUAGUUGGUUAUUUCUACUUGUAAUAUUGCCGAAUUUUUUUAUUUUUUUUCUAAAUGAAAGCUUUCAUUGGGCACCAAUAAAUAAUAUUUAUGUUUGAUAUCCUAUUUAUUAUUUAUGAGCCAUUUGUACUUAACAAAUUGGGCACUAUUUUUGUAACAUUAUUAUAUCCGGAAGUAAAAUUAUAGCAUUACCAAGAAGAAGCUAAUGGAAUUUCCGAUUCUAAAAAUAAAGGAACAUGUCAAUUCCCCUCCGCUUAAAUAAAUAUCGGGAAUUGCAGAAUUACACAUAUUUUUUAAUAAGAAUUCCGGCUAAACGGGUAAAUCAGAUUAAUUAAAAAAAUAAAAGUAAGUAAAAAUAAAUUAAAAAUGUAAUUAUCUUAAAUUAAAGACCUUAAAAUGUUAUUUUUAAACAUUUUGAAAAAGUCAGAAACUUGUAAAUAUUUGUAUUUUGUGUGCAAAUAAUUGUCGAGUAAGGAUCUAUUUGUAAUGUCAGAUACAUUGAGGUACUUGGGUAAAAUUUUCAAAUUGAAUGAAUUAAGAAAUGAACACAUCUUCUGUAAGAUAGCCCUUGUUAAAUGAAGUAAUAACAUGUUUUCAUUUUUCAUGUAGUACUUUUGGUUUAAAAGUUAAGAUUAUUUUCGUGAAUGAAAAUUUUUUUUUUUUAAAAACAGAGAUUUGUGACCACUUUUAAAUUUUUUUUUUUACGAAAAUGCACAUAACUUUAUAGCAGAGAGCACAAAUAAUAUGAAACUUUCCUGAAGUGUUCAACUUCGUAUUGCCAACAUCUUUUAAGCUUUAAAAACUAAAAAAAAAAAAAUAAAUAUUAUAAUUUUAAAAUAUUUUUGUAAAAAUAAAAAACUUUAAAAAAAAAAAAAAAACAAAAAAAAAAAACCCCAAAAAACACCAACCUAUGGUUCAAAGUAUUGAAGAAUUAAAUUGUACAACAAUCUAAUAAAUGGGCCUAAUUAGCAGUCAAAAUAAUAUUAUCAAGACAAGAUUAAGGACUUGAUAACUAAGAUAAGUUCAGAAAUAUUAUUUUUAUUUUUUAUAAAAAAAAAAAUUGAAAUCAAGCGUAAUUUAUUUUAAAAUAUGAAAUAUAAUAGAGUUAAUCUCACAAUGAAAAGUUGUAUUUUUAUUUGUAUAUCUGAUAAAAUUUUAGUUAAUAUGUCUGUUAUUGUAAAGUUGAUACAAUAAAACCUAAUGUUAUUUAAGAUGGAACUUGAUUGCUUUAAGUAUUAUACAUUUCUUGGGCUUUCUUAUCUGUCAACAAGUCAUAAAUAAUACUGUUUCCGGCUUAUUACUUUAGUUUUCCGCCAAUUUUUCCCUUCAGUUUUAGACACAUUUUAUGGCAAAAAACAACACUGUUUCGGGGGUCUUAGAGACUUGAAAUUUUACAAGGUUAUUUUUUAUACAAUUCUACUGGUAGGCCUACACCAGGUCGAUUUAAAAUGGGACAACGCAUAGUUUUCAAAAUAUUGAUAAAUUAGACUUCCUUGAUUUUUCAAUUUUCUUUCUUACAACGUACUAAUAUUACUAUAAACAAAAUGAAUGUCAUUAAAGCCUGUUCAUUAUCGUAACUAGAACAGUAUUUCGUGCGUGAUCCGACGUAUUUAGCGCGAAAAAAUACUAUUUUAUUGAACCCUAUCAAUCCAGCACAUCCAAAAGAAGCGUCUCAAAAUCCUAAGGGGGGCGAUUGCGUCAAAAUAGCCUCCUAUCCAAGUACCUAUCUCAGACUCACUUCAUCACAACCAAUUCAAUGCAACACUGAAUAAUACAGUUCAAGUUAUACGUUUAUUCCACUUCAGUACAGCAUGGAGUAGGCAUAAACGCUGUACCUAACAUCCACUUGGUACACAAAUCAGAAUAACCACUUAAAAUACAUCCAGCAGAGCCCAGCAACACACAUCAAGCUUCACCGUGAAUAUGGCCAACACAAUCUUUCUCUCUCCUCAUACACCAUAAAUAUAUAGGCCUAUACCCUAUCCCCCAUCACCGACAAUGUCACGCCUCGUUCACUCAUACUUGCACUAAUUCGGGUCAACAUAAUUUACCAUAACCCCCAACCAUAACAACAGUGAUUCUCAUACCCCUGACAGUAAUGUUAUGUAGACGAUCAUGUUUUUUUUUUAUAAUAGUAUAAUUUUGUUUUAUUCCAAAAUCUAAUAAAAAUCUUAAGCCUAUUGCUUUCUUACAUUGCCAGAUAAAUUUACUAUGUCCAAGUGACACACAUCUACAAACGCUACAUCGAGAGAAGUUAGUGAGCCAUUUAAAAAAAAAAUGACUUGAGUAGAUCUAAAACGAGUAAUACAAACGAUACUCUGAAACCAGGUCCUAGCGCAGCACCAACUUUCCAUAACAUCAAUGACAGCAUUCCGGCAACCAUGACCGAUAUCUUUUCAAGGUUAAAAGGUGGAGAUUUAUAUCAAGCUAUCUCAUCAGGUAACCUUGAUGACGUCAUUAAACUAAUUGAAACAUCAGACGGAAAGACCAAUGGGGUCGAGCAGUCGACUCUAGACCAGGGGCUUUUGAUGGCGUGCAGCGGAGGUCGCAAGUUUGUUGUCCGGCAUCUCCUGCUCAAAGGCGCUUCCACCGAGACCAGGGACCCAAUGGGCAACACCCCCCUCUUGGUAUCUGCUGAGAGAGGAUUCGUAGAAAUUGCCAGGCUGCUCCUCGACAAAGGUGCUGACGUGAACGCCUUGAACGUACGUGAUGAUUCGUCCUUGACCUUAUCCGUUACAACGUGUGGGUCGCUAGAUAUGAUCGGUCUGCUGCUAAAUCAAAAGUCUAUCAAUGUUAAUCAAAGAAAUAAAGAUGGCUACACGUCCUGGAUGAAAGCUGUGGAGGCUCUGGACUUUGACGUGUUGAAACUUCUCAUCAAAUCAGGAAAAGACAUCGACAAAGACGUGAACGACUGCAAAGGACAAACAAAUAAAAAAGUAAUCACAACUCUAGAAACGGAUAGCCCAGCCAUUCAAACGUUUAAUGUCGAUGCCAUCAUAUCACUAAUAGAGGAUGAGGCAAAGGGCUCCAAAAGUUCUCUGAGACUUGCAGUAUUUCAACACGAUUUAUACUGUACUCGAUUUUUUAUUGAUUAUGGCAUUUUUGAUGCUGAUAUUAAUAAUUAUGAUACAGAAUUACUAUUUGACUUUAUGGAAGAUAUAGAGGAUAAACAAAGUAAACAAUGCCAUGUCAGCGAAACUGUACUUGAAAUCAUUAGAAAACUUCUUCAAACUAGAGCUGACGUUUAUUUAAGGAAAUCAUACAGAGCUGAUGAAGUUCUUGUCAAAGCAGUGAACAUUGGCAGUUAUGAACUCGUUGAUUUGCUGUGUCAACAUGGCGCUGACCCAAAUACUCAUUCCAGGAAACCACCAUAUCAGAAUGCUGUGGUGACAGCAGCAGAAAAAGGUCGUUGCGAUUUGCUGAAAGUUCUGAUGAAGUACAACGCCAAUAUACAUGGUAACACUAGGGGACUAUACGGACAGAGCAUUAACUCUCCAAUAGAAGCAGCUUUACAAAGUGGCGAGGUGAAAGUUGUAAAGCUGCUGCUGAAAAAUGGAGUCAGUGUCAAUGUAGAGGCUGGAAUACACAUUGCUGUCACACACAAACGUUUGCAAUCGCUGAGAUUUUUGUCCAAUAAGUUUUCCGACCUUGCGCGAUCAUCUAUUCACAAUAACAGCAAGGGCUUUAUUCAUAAAGCUGUUGAGACGGGAAACAUUGAUAUUAUCAACACACUGCUGGACCUUGGAUCCAAUGUUAACUGUUUGUUUGAUGGGAAGACUCCACUGAUGCACGCUGAUACACCCGACGUUAUGGAAUUGUUAAUCAAGAGAGGAGCAGACGUCAACAAACAGACUAAUCACGGGAGUCAAAUUAAUAUCAUAUCUUACGUCAUAGUAAGGGAAUCAGUGAAGGAAAGAAAUAGAUAUCCGAUAGUUCAACUAGGAGGUAAAGAUGAAUCACCUUCAUCGAAUAUAAAUUUAAAAGGCAUGGUGGAAAUACUUUUGAGAAAAGGAGCAAGAGUCAACGAUUCUCUUGAAAUGACACCAUUGAUGGCGGCAGCUAAACAAUCUGAUGCUGAGGACGUUUUGAGGAUGUUGCUCGAAGCUGGAGCCGAAGUGAACAAAGUGGAUUCUAAGGGUGUCAGUGCACUGUACAAAGCCGUGGUAGGUGGCUGUCUUAAGAACGUGGACAUUUUAAUUGCAUUUGGAGCAGAUGUGAACCAGAAGUGCAAUGACGGUGGCACGGCUCUGCACGCAGCUGUAGAUGGGCAGGACGCAGGUGGAAAUAUUGCGCUACUAACAGCAGCCAGUGGAAAUCGGGCUGAAAUCAAUCCAAAAGUUUUGCGAAUUUUACUUGGCGCCGGAUCUAACGUGAAUCAUCGAAACGCAAAUGGUGAAACGGCUUUAAUGAAAGCUGCUUGUUGUCUAAAUGACGAAGCAAUCAAAGCACUGUGUGAAGCUAAUGCCGAUGUGAAUAUGCGCAGUCUUGACAACAUGAACGACGCCAUCUCUAUUCUUGUUGACAGACUGUGUAAAACACCCAAGACUCAUGGUCAAUUGCGUGAAUCAAUUUUUUAUCUCCUUGACCGAAGAGGAAGUUCUUCAUGUGUAAGUCUUCAGAAUCUUUACUAUUUCAUAUUGAACGGUUGUUUGACCAUUGUCCAGAGACUUGUCGAAGCUGGCCUUGGACCAAGCGAUAUUGACGCUGAGCAUUUACCGUUUAGGCACAGAAAGCUUCUAAGUGCCAAAAAUGUCUCCCCGUUUUGUUUCGCUCUCCUGUGCAAUGAAGUGAAACUAGCCCGUUACUUUUCGGACAUUUGGUAUUUGACCAACUCAGACGUGACAGCACUGGCCCACGACAAAAACGUCCGGCUGCAUCUUGAGAGCAAUCAUCACAAUGAGAGUCUUAAAUUUCUGGAGGAAUUCUCGUCACAACCGAUGUCCCUACAAAAAUUGUGUUUUGUCGCCGUGUCUACUUCAAUAGGAACGGGACCAGACAGAGAGCGAAAAAUCCGAGAUCUUCCUCUGCCAAACAGGUUCAAGGACAAACUGAUGUUCAGUGCUGGCUGUGCGCCGGAACUACGUUUUGACGACGACCAACGGGACGUAAUGUUAUGGCCCGCUAGAGCCAUAUAUGACCUGGUUUAUGGCGAUCUCGUUUAUUAUGUCAGUGAUGAAAGUGAUUAUGAACCUGACAUUGAUUAUGAACGUGAUUAUUAUUAAGAACAGUUUUUUGAAUACAAUUGUGAUAAAAAAUACUGAUGUUUAGAAAAGUAUCACGCUUACACGUUGCUAGUGUUAUGACUCUUACCAAAAUGGCAUAAAAAUAACGUGAACAUAAUAUAUUUCGGAAUAUUCGCGGCUUUUUGCAUUACAUCUAAUAUAUAUAUAUAUAUUACAAUAUAAUAAAAAGAAUGACUAUUUGAUACUGGAGGAAAGCUUUAAAUGUUCUAACCCCUUUAAACUCAGGGGGAAUACCCUUAUCUCAACGAGUUAGUAAAUAAUUCUAACGUAAUGUGUUGUGUUGAUCUAAAUCAGCCUUACAAAAGAUUCUCUAAAAUCAGCCUUACAAAAUUAUCUCUAAAAUCAGCCUUACAAAAGAUUCUCUAAAAUCAGCCUUACAAAAGAUUCUCUAAAGUCAGCCUUACAAAAGAGUCUCCAAAAUCAGCCUUACAAAAGAGUCUCCAAAAUCAGCCUUACAAAAGAUUCUGUAAAAUCAGCCUUACAAAAGAUUCUCUAAAUUCAGCCUUACAAAAUUAUCUCUAAAAUCAGCCUUACAAAAGAUUCUCUAAAUUCAGCCUUACAAAAUUAUCUCUAAAAUCAGCCUUACUAAAGAUUCUCUAAAAUCAGCCUUACAAAAGAUUCUCUAAAAUCAGCCUUACAAAAGAGUCUCCAAAAUCAGCCUUACAAAAGAUUCUCUAAAAUCAGCCUUACAAAAGAUUCUCUAAAUUCAGCCUUACAAAAUUAUCUCUAAAAUCAGUCUUACAAAAGUUUCUCUAAAACCAGCCUUACAAACUAUUCUCUAAAACCAAGUCCCACCUCAGUGCCAAACUUAACACAACACCAAUGACAGCAGUCUCGCAUAAACAACCAAUUUUUUUUCUUCCGAAGUCAGCAUGUGGAGAUCGAUAUAAAUCACGCUACCAAUGUACAGACCACUUGGUAAUAUAUUUAAAACUGGAACUUCUUUAUACUUGUAUUUUCUGAAAUGUGUUUGUAUUUUUUUGUUAUUUUUGUUUUUAUGUUUAAACAUGCCAUGUUUAAUAAUCAUUACUGUAGUUGAAGCAUCUGGUUAUUUACUUUGUUAAAUUUAGUUACGACUAUUACGACAUGUUAUAAGACUGUUUAUAUAUUCGCUUUAAA